UCUUAUAUUUUGUGUUAUUUGGAAGAUGUCUGACCUACCUUCUUUUGUUCCGGCUGCCCAUCAGCAUUUGAUUCAAAAUCCAAACACAAAUAUCAUUCGCCGGUCAGGGAAUUACCAUCCUAGCAUUUGGGGUGACGGAUUCCUCGAAUAUCCUCCUGAUGAUAUGGUAUAUGAUGAUGGUUGUCCUGAACAUGUUGCUGAAGAGUUGAAAGAAGAAGUAAGGAGGAUGCUAAUGGCUGAUGCCAAUUAUGAUCCUUCAAAGAAAUUAAACUUGAUUGAUUCCUUACAACGCCUUGGUGUGGCAUACCACUUUGAAGGAGAGGUUGAGGAAUUGCUAGAGCAGAUGAAGGAUAGAGUACCUCCUGAUCAUGGUUUUGAUGGAAACCAUCUUUACACCAUCGCUCUAUGGUUUCAAUUACUUAGACAACAAGGGUAUAAUGUCGCCUGCGAUGUUUUCAAUAGGUUCAAGGACAGCGAAGGCAACUUCAAGGAGGACUUAAUUAAAGAUGUGCCUGGCUUGCUAUGCUUGUAUGAAGCUACACAUCUCAGGGUACAUGGAGAAGACGUUCUAGAUGAAGCCCAGGAAUUCACUACCACUCACCUUAAAUCUAUACUCACUCAUCAUCAUCAUCAUUUAAACCCUCCUCUUGCAACACAAGUGAUGCAUGCUUUGAAACAGCCCCUCCACAAGGGCAUGCCAAGAUUAGAAACAAGGCAUUACAUCUCCGUUUAUGAAAAAGUGGAGACAAGGAAUGUGACUCUGCUGAAGUUUGCAAACUUAGAUUUCAAUUCACUGCAAUCAAUUCACCAGCAGGAGCUAAGCCAACUCUCAAGAUGGUGGAAAGAAUUGGAAUUUGCAACUAAGCUCCCUUAUGCGAGAGACCGACUGGUGGAAUGCUAUUUUUGGAUAGUGGGGGUGUAUUUUGAGCCACAUUACUCUCUUGCUAGAAUGAUCUUAACCAAAGUCAUAGCCUUGACUUCAAUCUUAGAUGAUACCUACGAUGUGUAUGGCACAUUGGAAGAACUCAACCUCUUCACAGACGCAAUUGAAAGGUGGGACAUAAUAAGUGGCAUGGAUCAACUUCCCGAAUACAUGAAACUGCUUUAUUCUGCACUCCUAGAUGUUUACAAUGAAAUUGAGCAAGAUUUGAGAAAGGAUGAUGGACAAUCUUAUCGACUUAAUUACGCAAUAAAAGCAAUGAAGAAACAGGUCAGAGCCUACUUCAUAGAAGCCAAAUGGUUUAAUGAAGGAUACAUUCCAACGUUUGAAGAGUAUAUGGGAACUGCAUUGACCUCCAGUGGUUACCCCAUGCUUACAGUCACAUCCUUUGUCCUUGGUAUGGGAGAUAUUAUUGUGACAAAGGAGGCAGAAGAUUGGGUAAUUGAUGAUCCUAAACUUGUUAGGGCUUCCGCUUUAAUAAGCCGGCUUAUGGAUGAUAUUGUGUCCCACAAGAUGGAGCAAGAGAGAGGACAUGUUUGUUCGAGUGUUGAGUGCUACAUGAAACAACAUGGUGUCACCGAGCAAGAGGCUUGCGAUGAGUUUAAAAGAAGAGUCGAGAACGCAUGGAAAGAUAUAAAUCAAGGGUGCAUCAAACCGACUAUUGUCCCAAUGCCAUUUCUGAUGCGGAUUCUCAAUCUUACGCGUAUGAUGGAUGUCAUAUAUAAGCAUGGAGAUGGAUACAAUAAUGCCUCACAAGUGCUGAAAGACUACAUCACCUUCUUGUUCAUUGAUCCAAUUUGAUCGAUCAUUAUUGUCUCGAUCACUUGGAU